GUCCUCAGACCUGCUACGGAUCGGGUGGGUUUGGGUUGGUCCAGUCAUGGCUCCUCCGGAUUCAAGGACGCGCAGGGUAUCCGAUGCUGAGCAAGCGGGACGCUGAACAGGAGGCUGAGCUCCCUAGUUACCAGUGAAUAAGUGGACCACGUCAGUGCACCUGCAGGUGCGCGCCUGGUACCAUGGGCCCCUGGCUGUCACCCUGGCAGCCUCUGUCGCUACUGCUGCUGCUGCUGCUGCUGCUGCUGUUGCUACUCUCCAGUGCAGUGCACACUGUCAGAGCCCUGCCCCGACUCUGUGAUGUGCUGCAGGUGUUGCAGGAAGAACAGGCCCAGUGCCUGCAAGAGGUCUCCAGAGAAAAGAAAGGAGAUCUGGGCCUGGAGCUGCCCACAACAGGCUGUGAGGGGCUGUGGGACAACAUGAGCUGCUGGCCUGCUUCUGCGCCUGGACAGACCGUGGAAGUGCAAUGUCCAAGGUUCCUCCGGAUGCUCACAAACAGAAAUGGGUCCCUGUUCCGAAACUGCACACAGGAUGGUUGGUCAGAAACCUUCCCCAGGCCUGACUUGGCCUGUGGGGUCAACAUGAAUGACUCCUCUAAUGAGAAGCAGCGUGCAUACCUGUUGAAGCUUAAGGUCAUGUACACCGUGGGCUACGGCUCCUCCCUCGCCAUGCUCCUGGUCGCCCUCAGCAUCCUGUGCUCUUUCCGGAGGCUGCACUGCACUCGAAACUACAUCCACAUGCACCUGUUUGUGUCCUUCAUUCUACGUGCCCUGUCCAACUUCAUCAAGGAUGCUGUGCUCUUCUCCUCUGAUGACAUCACUUACUGUGAUGCACACAGGGUGGGCUGCAAGCUGGUCAUGAUCUUCUUCCAGUACUGCAUCCUGGCAAACUAUGCAUGGCUGCUGGUGGAAGGCCUCUACCUUCACAUGCUCCUUGUCAUCUCCUUCUUCUCAGAAAGGAAGUGCCUACAGGGGUUCGUGGUCCUUGGAUGGGGUUCUCCAGCCAUUUUUGUUGCUUUGUGGGCUAUCAUCAGGCACUUUCUGGAAGAUGCUGGAUGCUGGGACAUCAAUACCAAUGCUUCCAUCUGGUGGGUCAUCCGAGGGCCUGUGAUCCUAUCCAUCCUGAUCAAUUUCAUCUUUUUUAUAAACAUUCUAAGAAUCCUGAUGAGAAAACUUAGAACCCAAGAGAGAAGAGGAAACGAAAUGAUCCAUUACAAGCGCCUGGCUAGGUCCACCCUCCUGCUGAUCCCCCUCUUUGGAAUUCACUACAUAAUCUUCGCCUUCUCCCCGGAGGAUGCCAUGGAGGUCCAGCUGUUCUUUGAAUUGGCCCUGGGCUCCUUCCAGGGGUUGGUGGUGGCUGUACUUUACUGCUUCCUCAAUGGUGAGGUACAGCUGGAAGUUCAGAAAAAAUGGCGUCAGUGGCACCUCCAAGAGUUCCCACUGCGCCCUGUGACCCUCAGCAACUCCUUCAGCAAUGCCACCAGCGGUCCCACGCACAGCACCAAGGCCAGCCCCUCUGAGCAGAGCCGGAACACACCGAGGGCCAGUAUCUCUGAGGCUGCAGCAAGGCUGCCCAUUGACAGAGUCCUGGACAUUGUGUAGGACAGUCAUUGUCCCAAAAGCUGUCUUGUGCUUGCCAGUGACUGAAUAUGCCCUUCCUCCAGAUCUGAGUUUCCUCAGAACUAAGCAAGAGAAGACCUGGGGCUCCAUGGGGUAGGACACAGGCUUGGGACUUGGCCUCUCUUGCUCUUCUGAGUGACCCAUCUUGCCCAGACUAUGUAGAGAGAGUUCUGGGGCUCCAGAAAGGACAGGGGAAUAAAAGUCACCCAUGAAAAAAAUAAAAAC